CCCAAGAUGGCGGCGCACUGGGAGCGUAACAUCUGCGUUUCUAGGAUCUUCGCGCAGCGGGUGGUUAAGACUCCGGGGUUGUAGAGGUCCACACUAUACUAGUCGUCUGGCAGGAACUUUGACUUCAGAGAUGGCUCUGAGUAAAUCAAUGCAUGCAAGAAAUAGAUACAAGGACAAACCUCCUGACUUUGCAUAUCUGGCAACCAAAUAUCCAGAUUUUAAGCAGCACGUUCAGAUAAAUCUGAAUGGAAGAGUGAGUCUUAAUUUUAAAGACCCCGAAGCAGUCAGAGCUCUGACUUGUACUCUGCUAAGGGAAGAUUUUGGGCUUUCUAUCGAUAUUCCGCUGGAGAGACUGAUUCCUACAGUUCCCUUGAGACUCAACUAUAUUCAUUGGGUAGAAGAUCUGAUCGGUCAUCAGAACUCUGACAAAAGUACCCUCCGAAGAGGAAUUGACAUAGGUACUGGGGCAUCCUGCAUCUAUCCUUUACUUGGAACAACCUUAAACGGCUGGUAUUUCCUUGCAACAGAAGUAGAUGAUAUGUGCUUCAACUACGCAAAGAAGAAUGUGGAGCAGAAUAACUUAUCUGAUCUUAUAAAAGUGGUUAAAGUACCACAGAAGACACUCCUGAUGGAUGCUCUUAAAGAAGAGUCUGAGAUAAUUUAUGACUUUUGCAUGUGCAACCCUCCCUUUUUUGCCAAUCAGUUGGAAGCCAAGGGAGUAAAUUCUCGAAAUCCUCGAAGACCCCCACCCAGUUCGGUAAAUACAGGAGGAAUCACAGAGAUCAUGGCAGAAGGAGGUGAACUAGAGUUUGUUAAAAGGAUCAUCCAUGACAGUUUACAGCUUAAAAAAAGAUUAAGAUGGUAUAGCUGUAUGCUGGGAAAGAAAUGCAGCCUGGCUCCUCUGAAGGAAGAACUUCGCAUACAAGGGGUUCCUAAAGUCACCUAUACUGAAUUCUGCCAGGGUCGGACAAUGAGAUGGGCUUUGGCUUGGAGUUUUUAUGAUGACGUAACAGUACCAUCACCACCCAGUAAGCGAAGAAAACUAGAGAAGCCAAGGAAGCCCAUUACAUUUGUAGUCCUGGGGUCUGUGAUGAAAGAACUAGCCCUCAAAGCAUCAUCUCUGGGCCCUGAGACAGUGGAAGGCAUCGUGGUUGUGACGACAUGGAUUGAAAAAAUCCUCACUGAUCUAAAGGUCCAGCAUAAACGAGUUCCCUGUGGAAAGGAGGAAAUCAGCCUUUUCCUAACGGCCAUAGAAAACUCCUGGAUUCACUUACGGAGGAAGAAAAGAGACCGAGUGAGACAGCUGAGAGAAGUGCCCCUAGCGCCCAAGGACGUGAUCGAAGCCUUGGAAGAGAAGAAGGCUCCCCCCAAAGAGUCUGGCAGCAGCCAGGAUGUUGCCCAGGGCCCCCAGGAGAGUGCCCGGGGGGGCCCUGCUCCGCCAGAAGGCGAGUCUGCCACUGUGGGGGGCCACGGGCCCAGCCAGGACUCGCUUUCCCAGGAGGAAAACCCAGAACCCACGGAGGAUGAAAGGAGUGAGGAAAAGGGGGACAUGGAGGUUCUGGAAGGUUGUAAAGGCUCUAGUAAUGGAGCCCAGGACCACGAGGCUUCUGAGCCCUUCAGCAGCCCAGUGUCUGAAAAAGGGAACCAUCUCCAAGGAGUGGCUGGACGUUACUUAUUCAAGUGUCUGAUAAACGUUAAGAAGGAAGUAGAUGACGCCUUAGUUGAAAUGCACUGGGUUGAGGGCCAGAACAGGGAUUUGAUGAACCAGCUUUGUACUUAUAUACGUAACCAAAUUUUCAGGCUUGUUGCUAGUUAACUCCAAAAUUAUCGCACAGUUGGGAAAGUUCUAUAAAGCAGCUUGCUUUGAAGAGUGGCCUGGGGUGGGGGGCGAGGGGGGCAAUGAAUUCCAUCAUUAGCCCACUAGUAAUAUUAUGUGGAAUUGUCUUAAAAAAACAACAAUUAAGUCCAUUUUUAAACACCUGCCUUCUUUAAAAAAAAAAAAGAAUUACAGGGCAUUGUAGUAUGGUAGUUCAGAGAAAGAAUUGUGAUCAGCAUCAACAAAAUGCCAUCGGUAAACUCAUAAGGGAUUUAAACCUGACUUUAAGCAGAUCACCUUUGGAGAAGGAAAUGGCAACCCACUCCAGUAUUCUUGCCUAGAGAAUCCCAUGGACAGAGGAACCUGGUGGUCUGUAGUCCAUGGGGUUACAAGAGUCAGACACGACUGAGUGACUUUGAUUACUUCACUAAGCUGAACACCUUGGCUUCAGACUGGUUUUCUGAGGCCAAAAGGAUUAUUUUUGCAGUCUGAUCCUGGGCAGAACUUAACAGUGCAUCCUGCCUUCUGUGUCAGCCUUGGUUGCUUCCUGAGAAGGAGUGACUUUCUCACCCCUGCCCUCCUUCCCCUCCACCCCACGGAGGGGGUAUACCAGGGUGGAUAGCCCUAUACCCUCUUCUGAAGUUACUUUCAAGUCUAAAUACUUUGGGUACAUACGAUUGAUGACUCCUAUGUCAGUCCUGAGAAAGGAACUAGCCUUUGAGAGUCAGGGAGAGAAAGCUCAGUAAUGCCAGGAAGAAGGCCUGAUCAGGGAGCGCCUGGAAACGUCGGAGACAAUCGGCACAUUCCUGACUCUUGUCUGUUUUGGAUGUUGCUUGUUUCAGAAACAGAAUUAGGUAAGCAAAACUGCCAGACAUAACGGCGGUGCAGCAGAAUGAAGCCAUACCCGUCCCUCCAACCUGUUUAAAGAACUGUUUUUGUAGCAGUCUGACUGGUGUGGAUUUUUUUUUUUUUAAUUUGUUUUGACGUUUGAAGUGGCGCUAAUAUAAGAGUAUUCAGAAUUGAAAACUGUCAGUCCUGUUUGAAUCCUGGGGUUGGGGAAGAUACUCUCUUGGCUUUGAAUGGAUAAGUGAUUGGUGAUGGAAAUGAGAAAUGGAGCAAGAUAUACUUACACGUAGUAAGUUGCUUAAGAAAGUCUCAUCUAUUGGCAGAUAAGUUAUCGCUAAUCAAAGAUGGUUUGGGCACGGGAGUUCGUUUGUAAUCCCUUCUGUGUUUACCUGUUACCAUUGGAGAACUCUGAGGCCAGGGUAACUGUGUUCUUAAAACAUGUUUCCUAAUUGUGCUGCCAGGGCUCAGCAGGAAUACCUCUGGGAAAGGUGUCUCUCUUUUUGCCUCUUGCUGUCUCGGUUACCCUCUUCUGUGCUUGACUUUCACUGCUUGAUUUUAUACCAGCAGCCGAGGGUUCUGUUUAUCCUGAAAUUUUUUAGUAUGGUGCCAUUGCUUCUCACUGUCUGCAAAGAAAACUGCGGUGGAGUAGUUAAGCCACACUUUUGAAAGGUGGCUGUUGGUUGGGGCAUAAAACUGAUGACCUUGACAUACUUUAGCAGCAGCUAGACCAGUCCUUCAGCAAAGAUACUGGAAACAGAAAUAGGACCAUAUCAUACCUCCCCGUGGCAGUGGAGACAGAGCUGCCGAAGAGAACAGACGAACCAACCAGUGUUCUAAGCUGGUCCAUGGACCUCUGGAGAACCCAGAGCCUCCUGGGUUAUUUCCAAAGGCUCUGUGGACAUGUUUGGGUUUUUUCCUGGAGAGAAGGGUCCCCGACUUACAGAGAGGAGCUACUGACUCACUGGGGAUUAGGAACCACUAUGCUGGUUAGCCUUUGACAGGAAAAGCGAACUUAAUGCCCAGGGUCCCACAGAGUCCAAGGUUCAGCACAGGGCCUUGGAUUCCAGUGGGCCAGCCAUCUCCUCCUUCCACCCACACCAUCCUGCUCUCCUCACCUCUCAUGACACAGUGGAGUCGUAUGCUGGACCCAAGCCUAGUUUCUGUCUUGGUCAAAUUUUAGGGUAAGUGAGGCAGGUAACAACUCUUCACUCAGUAAAGCCGUCACUGUCUGUCUGUUUGUUUCACUGUAAAGGAGUAGUACGUGCUCAUUAAGGAUUUGGAAAGGUGAACGGAGGAAACAGCUUCAGUCACCCCUUGUCUCAGCCAUCGGGAGCAUAGCCACUGUUGGUAUUUCAGUGUUUUCUUCCAGUCACUAAUCUCUCUCUAUAGAUGGGGUGUGUGAGUGUGUGGGGUUCAACUUUGGUUGUGUUCAUUCUGUAUAUUCACUUUAUGCUUUUUUCCUCCGUGUUGUCACAGGAGUGUAUUAUUUAUCCUCCUCACUUGUUCACGAUGUAUUUCAGCCACAGUAUUAGCCUUUGUUAGAGAUUCCCAGAGAAUCCUCUGUGGACCUGGAAGCACAUAAGAGGUGUCUUAUGUCUGUGUAUGUUUGGUGCCCCAGGUUUGAGGCUUGGUGCAGUCGAAGAUGUUUUAUAGUUUAAGCUAAUGCUCUUAGAAUUUAAGAAGCAUGUGGCGAGAGAGCCUUCCACUGCUGAAACUGUGAGUGCCGUUUUUGCAUUGGUGUGUCUUCAGUUCCUUCUCUGAGAAGAAUAGUUUAUUUCUAUCUAAUGAGAGAACAUUGAAACAUUUUUAAAAGACAUUUAAAAAUCCUUUCACUUACACAUAUACUUUAUAAUUGUGUGAUAUGGGGUAGCCUAUACCUCUGAUAAAAGGGGAAGAUGAAUUUUUUUUUUCUUUUUUAAAGAAAUAGAUUACUGACCUGUGUGUCAUAAUGUUGAGUGAUAACUGCCUAAGUGUCUGGAGGUCAAGUUCAUGUUGAUGGAUUGGUAUGAAAUUCAGUCUUUGUGAUAUUAUCUUAAAUUCUGUUCUGGUCCCUGGCCUGGGCGUCUGAUCUCUUGAUAACCAAAGUGGGAACAGAAGCAGGACUUGUUUUCCAAGGAGGGGAAUAAGCUGCUUUUGUUCUUUGGAAUCUGUUUUGCUUCCAGCAGUGGGUUUCUUCACCCCGCAUCCUUGCCCAGCUGUUCACACACCAGAGCAUCACUGCUUGUCCUCACAGGGUCUGUGUCUCUGUGGUGGAGUUUCAGCUAGUCUUAAGGGAGUGUGUGGGUGAUAUAUACUUAUAAUUUUAGUAUGUAUUUUUAAAAACAUGAAACCUGUCAAAGCUUACCAUAUGAGUACACCAGCUUCUAAGCUCUGACGUGUAGUAAAAUUGCAAGGGAUGGAAAAGAUGCAAAGGCCUUUAGAAAAUUGUAGGCCUCCUAAAAGAAGCCCCUCCUUCUUACUUAAAUCCAGGUGUUUUCCGCUGCGGCCACACGAGGGCGUAUGUGGCUUUUUUUUUUUUUUUUUUAAUCAGCUUCACGGUGGGCGUGGAUAAAAUUGUGUCCUUGGUAUUUUCCUGAAAUAGCCAGUCACUACUCAGGUAAAUAUUUUUUUGUAAGCAAGUACGUUUUUACGUUAAAAAAACUUAGAGAGAUGAAAGAAAGAAGGAAAAACUCACCACCCUGUGGUCUGGGCAUAAGUUUUCAACCUUUUUAUGUUUCUUUAUGGUCCCAGAUGAUUUAAAAAUUGUUUUUCUUUCCACCUGUCUUACUACUCUAAAAUAGACCCAGGCUGUGUUAGUCCUUUGGAUCAACUUGUUAUUGGUCUCUAGUUGGUGCUGGAGGGGGACGUUUCAUGAUUUUACAUAGUAAGUUAUCCAAAACUACUAUUUGUGUCGCAGGAAGAAUAAUAGAGCCUUAAGAAAGAAGCUGCUUUCAGCAUUCCUAAGGAGUGCUCUGACAGAAGGGAAGUCUCAAAGGCGCAACACUUUCACAGCCACAUCUCUUGCAGAAGUUGGCACUCAGGAGAAUCAGUUUGCUGAAUGGGCAUUAAGCCCAGUAAAAACCCAGAGGAGGCUUACUAGUGAGGAUGGAUUGGCCUCUGCCUCCUGGAGCAGGGCGUUGAUGGUCUUGAACCGUCUCAUGCUUCCGGGUACAAACCUCUUGGUGCUUGUGCCAGCACCGUAUUAAGGAAGGCUGCGGGGGGCUCACCCUGCAAGCAGUGGGACCUCACACACAUACCAGAGGGUUCCUGCUCUGCUCUGCAAAGACAUUCAGAUCCUCUGCUGUGACUCACCCAAAUGACUAAAACAGCAGUUUAUUUUUUUAAUUGCUGGUUGGAACAGCUAAUGCUGCCUUUCGGAAUGGCUAAUGCUGCCUUUUGGAGGCUUUGCUUUUACUCCAGGGGACCAUGUUGUGACUGAAGGCCUUGCACCUCUGAAUGGUCUCUGAGGUGCAGCCUUUUCUCUGCUCCUCUCCCAGCCUGGCAGAACCUUUGGGGACUCCAGGCUGUCUUCAGGGAAGCGGGGGAUCACGGGUGCUGAUUAGGAGCCAGGGAACUGAGAGAACGCGGAGUGGGCCAGAAAGUGCAGGGGCCUGGAAAACAGAAGCUCACAGACUUCACAGUUCAUCAGACCCGAGUCUACAUUCCAGUUCACUUACAGGGUCAGUCAUUCUCACUGAGGCUUGACUUCGUCAUGCAAAAGGCGCUGGAUUCUCACUUCCAGGAGUCGUGACAGCAGUUAAGUGAGAGGAAUACUAAAGCCCCUUGGAAGAGUCCAUAAACAAGGGGUAGGCUCAUUGCUUCUGAGUUUCUCUUGAGUUUUCACUUUCUGGUCAGAACAUCUUCUAUCAAGGGACUCAGGUGAAAAAGCCAAGACCUCAAGUGUGUCAGUGCAAGUAUAGACUGCCACUCUGACCGAGAGCAGAAAUCCAGACUGCUGUGUAGUGGGAGGAUAAACAGGCAACCAAUACUGAUUAUCAGUCCUCUAUGUCAGUUGUCUGACUUAACCCCGCAAAGAGGCGUGGAGUCCCUGUGUGCUUUGUAAAGAAGUGGCAGCUCAGAAAUGCCUUAAAUGACUUGCCCUAAGGUUGUUUACAGGGACUUGACCUCAGGUCCAGAGAUAGGAGACGGGUUUCAUACCAAUCUCCAUCUGUCACGAAUGCUACACUUAGGAUGGAAGUGGACUCCUGGGCUCCGUGGACCCAUCUUUAGGGAAGGAAGCUUGGACAAUACGACACAGGAAAGAGAAAAUAAGUCUUAACCAACUCUGCCUUUGAGCAUUUGAAGGUCAUAUUAUUUUCCAGCCUUUGAUCAGUGAGCAAGCUUUAAUAAAAUGAAAUUGCUUAUAA